AAGUUUGAAUAAUGAUACCGAUUGUCACUUAGCAACAAUCUCUCUACUAAGCAUAUUAUCGACUUACCCUUGGGAAGCCAAGGUAGUCAUGAUGCUUGCAGCUUUUUCCUUAAUCUGUGGAGAUUUCAUCACUAUUUCUCGACACAAUCAGUGGAAGAAAUUAGCAAAUAAGUUGAGAAUUUUCAAGAAAAAUCAAAUUGUUGCACCAUCUGAAAAAAUAUAUGAUGAUUCUAUUGUUAAGUUGAUUAUAAACCUCGUCAAGUGUGUGAAUAAGCUUAAUCAACCGUCAUAUUUCUCUCCAUCGCAACCAGUAAUUUUGGCGACUUAUUGGAUUACCAGGAGCAUUCUUACUUGUACCCAGCAUAUUCUUUGUGUUGAGUCCAAAAAUGAGAUAAUGGAAGAAUCCACUUUAAUUGCCAAAUCCAAAACCAUACUCUCUGCUUGUUACCCACUGCUAGAGGCAAAGAGAAUAGAAAAAUCUUACACAGCAUUAUUGCAUGCUUUUAGUCAAUUCUCAUAAUAAUCUUGAAGUUCUCAAGCUAAUAUUCAAUGUCAAUGAUGAUUCAGAGGAGAUAUUUAAGCACAGCAAGCCAGGUAAACUUUAUGGAAUGCCGUUUCCGCUCAUUGGAUUAAAAAACACGAGGGUGCUAUUGAUAAUAGUGUCCGACACAAAUCUCUCUGAGGCUGCUUUUCUUUACAGUCACUUGUCUAAGUUCAGCAUUGGCGCUUCGACUAUUUUGAUUCCACUAAUAGAUUAUCCUGAAGUUUGGAAUAAAGCAAGGACGCCAUUGGGAAACAUAUUUAGUCACAGAUUAAAGUUGUUGGACCCAUACAAAAGGAUUACGCCUCAAUUCAUUAGAUUUGUGAAGGAGAGAUGCGUUCCGAGUUUUCAGAGUGGUGGAGAACCUAUUGUUAUUUCACUUGACAGUCGCGGAAGACUGGUUCAUACUAAUGCACUGCACAUGAUCCUAACGUGGAGAGGAUACCUUGCAUCUGAUACACUGAUUGUUGGUAGUGGAAACAAUAUCAUCUCUUUAUUAGAAAAAGAGUUGACGGAAAUGACUUUAGGUGUUGGUUCUGUCAUUGAUGAUAUUGAGGAGAGGAAAUUUGACUUGGUUAAUCGCAUUAGAAAUACAAUUGAUGAUUGGAAAAAUGACAUUAACAUGAGGAUAAAAGAUUCGGAUUAUUCCUAUGCUUACACUAGUAAGAAUGAAGAAAUGCUUUGGGAUAAAGAGACAUGGAAUCUUAAACUUUUGGGCAAUCACAAAGUACUGCCUAGGCCAAUUUCAGUGAACUAUAUUAUUCAAGAAUUCGCAACUAAAGUGAAGGAGGUCAAUUCUGAAAUCCAAUUGGAUAUCAAAUUUGCAUACAUUGGAAAUAACAAGAAAGCAAAGUCACUUGUGAAAGAUAUAAGUGGUUAUGCACUUAGUUCUAAUAAUGCAGAAUAUUUGUGGUUUUGGACACGACUUCGAAGUGCAUUCCUAUCAAGAAUUAAUUGUCUAAAUAAGAUUGGUCGUAUUGAAGAUGAUGACACAAUUUUUCUUGGACUCCAAAAGUUACUAGCUUAUGAAGCUAAAAGCACAACAUUUGGAGCAUGGGUUUUGUUAAGCAAAGGGGAAGAAAUAGUAGCAUGUGACUUAGGUAACAAAAUGAUGAGAGUGAUGAAUGCAUACCAAAAAUGGAAGAACAAUAUACGCAGCAAAGGUUUCGGCCAAGCAUUCAAAGAUUGUUAUGAGAAGCUUGCUUCUUUUCAGGAUCAACAUUUUUGUUGUACUCUUAAAUAUCCAUUAACUUUGGAUAAAAUACCAAAAGAUGUGAAAUGCCUUCAAUGUUCUCACAAUAUGCAUAAAUUUGUAACUUUCACAUGUUAUCAUGACUGUCACCAUGGCUACUAAUAAAUUAUU